GUGAACCUUUGGUCAGAUUUCACGGAGGAUGUGCAGAUAGGCUUGUUGCAUCCAAUUGUGGGCGAAAGAUUUGCCACUUUUCCGCCAAUACUAUGAGGAUUUCAUACGUGCCAAAUUAUGCGUUGAGGUAUAUUAUGAAAAUAGAUAUAGAUUUUCUCAUCCGUUAUAUCGUAUAGGAAGUCAUAUAUUUCAAGAAAGGGGCGUAACCCCAUGCCACAUGCUAACGUAAAAAAUAAAAAUAAAGGGGAAAACAACCUAACCCAAAUACGUAUUCUUUAUCAGGUAGUUAACAAGUCGCGUUGUCUCCCCCAGACUCACAAUUGCGCCGGAUAUUUUUUUGGUUCCAAUGAUAAAAAUGGAUAGAGAAAUACCAGAACGUGUUACGUCCGAAACAGACAGAGACGUAAGGAGAAAUCUGGCGUGGUUGUUGCAUUUCAUUGAGAACUGAACUGCCUGGAAACUCACACGAUUGUAUUUAAGGGUGUUCAAUAUAUAUCAUUGAACACUUAUGACAUUCCAUGACUGGAAGAGAAGAACCAUUGCAGUUCUUGUAUGCCGAGACCUCCGAAUCUUGUAUACUGAGGAUGAAGAUUCUCGUAGCAUUUUAUGCGCUCUUAUUCACUUCAUAUAUGAGGACAAUAUUUGGUAGACCCACAUCGAACUCUACUUCGAAAAUUGAUAUUAUGGCCACUCUUCAAAGAUCCAAGAGAGAGUUCUUAGAUAACGAUUACGAUGAUUAUUAUAAUGAUUUAGAACUUGAAAUACUGGAGAGCAGAAAUGAACUUUUGCAGAAAAGCCUUCUGCCACCUGAUUUGCCAGUAUCGUCUAGUGUCAGGAAUAAUAUUCAGCUUCUGCGAGAUUCGCCAAAAUAUGCUCCUGAAUAUAUGAUGGACCUUUACAAAACCUAUUCAGAAAAAAAGGCCUCACGUCCAUCAUCUGACAUUGUCCGAAGCUUCACAAAUAUUAAUAUUGGAGGUGUGACAACAACUCCUGCUUCCAACGGUGAAAAGACAACUAGACUACAUACAAUGGUGUUCAAUAUCACCAGUAUUUCAGUGGAAGAACAAGUCGACUUAGCUGAGCUGAGAUUAUUUACCCUUGUGGAGAGAGACAGAUAUAUGUACAUAGGGGUCGACAGAAAAGUGUCGGUCUAUGAAGUCACAGACGAUAAUGUCGGAUAUCACCUUAUAGACACACAACACAUAUAUGGAAGAGACAGUGGAUGGGAAACAUUUGACGUCACUUCCGCUGUGAGGCGUUGGGUGACCAAACCAAGUUCCAUUCAGAUUUUAGAAAUAAGAAUAGAAAGUGUCUUUCAUAGUGUUGCAAGUGGUGAUUUAGAUGUUUUUACAACACCACAACAUAAAAAUGAACCUUUAUUAGUGGUAUUUUCUACUGACAAACAAAAAAUACAACUACAUAAGACUGAGAGACAUGAGUUAAUUGCUCGUGAAGACAAUGCAUACAAUUUUCAAUCUCCAUUAUCUUUGUCAGGAAAUAUAGAUAAUUCUAGUAACACUAACUCAAGUGAAUACGAAUUUCACAAUCGAGUGAAAAGAAGGGGACGACGGAGCAUGUGUAGGAGGAAACCAAUGACGGUCAACUUUGCAGAUAUCCAGUGGGACACUUGGAUAUUAGCUCCAGCUUCUUAUGAAGCAUAUGAGUGUGUCGGUAAAUGUCAUUUUCCUGUAAAUGAGCGUCUAUCUCCAUCCAAACACGCUAUCAUCCAGUCGCGGCUCCAUCUAACAAUGCCGAAGAAGUACCCACGAGAAAGCUGCUGUGUUCCAACAAAGUUAGACUCCAUAUCCAUUCUGUAUUUUGACGAGUCAGGUGUUUUGACUUAUAAACCUAAGUACGAUGGCAUGGUUGUAACGGAAUGUGGAUGUCGAUAACAAACAGAGAAUUCUUGGGGAUAGUAGGAGAACGACACAAUCCGUUCCUUCUAUAGCAACUUUUUUCGCCAAAGUAUUCAGAAUACUUUUUGGUACAAGGGAGGAAAGGGAUUUGGACGCAGGUAGUCGUCGUUUUUUUUGUUAUCGUGUACAUUUGCACGGAUAACGAACAUAAAACCUGAAGUACCAGUGCAUUUCCAAAUUUAUCGAUGAUGCUACAAAACUGACUUGAUAAGUAAGAAUGUCAAAGUCUUAAAAUAGCACCUAAGUCGGAUUUUGCUGAAUGCAUUUGCAAUUAUCUCUCUUAAUCAGGAACAUGUUAACAGUCAUGCAUCUGCAUUCGCCGAAGAAUUCGGAUCUUUGAUGGGCGUCAAAACAGUUGAAAAUUAAUUGUCUGUGUAACUGGCCUGUGCAACUCGCCCUAUUGUGACCCUCUCUUUGAUAUUUUUAUCGUACAAUGCACAACUCCCUUUUAAAAACGGUUGCACAGCCGAAGAGCAGUAAAGAUUUCGAAGGGGCAACGUCACCCUUUACCACGCCUAUACCAGAAACAUUCUUAGAAGAUCUUUGAAUGAACAGCCUCUUUUAAACAUAGAGGAAUUUUAUCAAACAAACUAAAUCGCUUCUGCCAAGACCACCUACAUCUUGUUCUAAAGCACGAUGUAAGUUUUUGUAUAAAAGACACGUAGAUUCCAUAAAGGAAUAUUCAACGUUGUUAUAUCUGAUCAAUGAUUUAUUCUGAUAUUUGUUCAAUAAAUUCUUGUUUUUCUUGUU